AUGGAGAUUUAUAAUAUUCCAAGGAUUGAAUAACCAUUAUAAUUUGAAUUUUGGAGUUUUUACAUAACAAAUUGGUAAGUGAUUUCCUACCCUUGGGUGGAAAAAGAACCAGAUAAAACCUAAAUAAAAAGAUAGCUAUUAUUUAUGAUGAAAACACAAUAUGAUAAUUAGAUAUUGGCUUUCAUGUAUACAAACGUGAUAACAGAUAAUUUUGUCAUUCAUACUUUGCUUGUCAAUGGAAAUAUGGUUGAUAUAUAGUAUAAUCCAAAUCAAUAUGAGGGGAUUUGGAUAUUAAGUGUUAUGACUCUUAAUGGAUAAAGAAUAUACUUUGAAACUUUAGGAACAAUUUAGUAAUAUAAUAUAUAUGAGUUUAAUGUAUAAAAAUAAUUAGAAAAUUUGGAAUUUUAUGUUGGGGGGUCUGGAAUUGUAAUUUUAAUUUAAUUAAUUUUAGAUUAAUCAAAAAUAUGAAUUAGGAAUAUUUAGAGGAAGAAUUUCAAAAUUAUUCAUUAUUAGAGAAUUAAAGGAAAUUCUCUAAAUAUAUUAUGACAGAAUAUUUUAAUUAAGAUAAAAUGAAUAUUAAUAAACAAUAAGUUUGAUUCCAGACUUAUUUAAUUUUGAUGGAGUAGCAUAAAAAUAAUUUGAAUUUGAAUAAUUUGGAAGGAAAUUUUGUAUUUUUGGAUGGAUUAAAUAUUAUAUAUAAGAUGCAUAUUAAUUAAAAAAGUAUUUUUUAGUUAGAUUGACAAUUUUCAAAAACUACUAAGAUGAAAUAGAUUUAGGAGAUGAAAUACUUAAAAUAACAGUAGAUAUAGAUUUAACAGACUAUAAAAAAUGUGGAUAUGAUGUCAUAUCCCAUCAUUAUUAUAUGCCAUAUGUUGGACCAUUAGAAUAAUAUAUAUAGGAUGAUAUAAUCAGUUUAAGAGAAGAUUUGCCAUAUCUAGAAUUAUUAUCUAAAUGGCAUUUUAUAUCAUUUGAACAUGGAAUAAAUAGAAAUGAUUAAAGGUCUUAAUUUAAAUUAAGUUAUUUUGAGAAUAAUAAUUUGAUAUCUAACACCUAUUAUUUAGGAAAUAUGAAAUAUAAUAGCUUAUUUAUAAAUACAAAAUAUUAUGCUAUUUUUGGAGGUGAUUACACUGUUUAUGAAAAGAUGAAAGGAUAAGUAGCUGGGUUUUAUUUUAUAUCAAAUUAUUAUGAAGAUUUAAAUAUUGAAUAUAGUAUUAGUAUUAUUUAUAUUUAGAUUGUCAUUAUAGUUGUUAAACUUGUAAUGGUCCAAUGUUUUCAGAUUGUUUAACUUGUUAUGAUAAUAAUGAAAGAGUUUAUUUGGAAGAAUUACAUUAAUGUAUAUGUCCUUUAGGAUAUUUUGAAAGAGAUUAGAGAUGUUAAUCUUAUUAAGAUUUAUAUCCAACAUUGAAUUAAGAAGAGAUUUAAAUUGAAUUAUAAAAUUCUUAAUGUAUGUUUGGAUAUUUUUAUUUGCCAAUAAUUUAAUUGUGCAUAGAAUGGUAUAUAUAUAAUAAUAUGUAGUCCUCAAUGGAGUUCUUAUAAUUUCUUUUGUGUAGAUUGUUUAUUAAAUCCUACAGAUUGGUAUAAAAGACCUAUUUGUACUACUGAUUUCAUCACAUAAUAGGUUAAUAAAGAUGAAGAUGUCUUUACUAAAUAAAUAAGAUCUACUUUAGAUUAUGAUUUAUAUUACAUCAACAAUGAUUAUAAGUUGAUAUUAUUAGAAGGAGUUUAUGAUUAUUGUGAUAUCAAGUAAAUAUAAACAGAUGAUUGUUUUGAAUUAAAUGUUUAACACUUAUAAAGUGUUACAUUUGGUAUUUGUAAACAAAAUCGAUAUUACUAAAAUCUAAGUUGUAAUUUAUUAGAUUUUGCAUGUAUUAAAUUAAAUUAAAAUGAAUAAACAUGCCUAGAAUGUUUAAGUGGGUAUUAUAUAUCAGAUGAUGGAUAUUCAUGUUUAUAAUGUCCAUAAUCCUGUUAAAAUUGUUAUGGCUUAAAUAAAUGUACAUCUUGUGAACCAUAUUAUGGACUUCAUAAUGAAUAAUGUUAAAUGUGUGGAAACUAAUGUAAAAGUUGCAAAUAUUCAGAUGAAUUACAAAUAAUGUAAUGUUUAAGUUGUAUUGACAAUCAAUUAUAUUAUUUAUCAUUAAAUGCAUAAGAUUGUAAAAGAAAUCAUAUAGAGAAUUGUAUAUAUGCAUUUGAAACUUCUGAAUCAAAUUUAUCCAUAAAUUCAUUAGACCAUAAUUUUAAACCUUAUUAUGAAACAAUAAUAACUAAAUGUGCAAAGUGCUAAGAUGGCUAUUAUUUUCAUGAUACAUAUUUGAUAUGCAUUAAAGGUUAAAUAAAUAAUUGUAAAUAAUUCUUUUUAAGAAUGUAAGGAUUGUAUGAAAACAGAAUUUGUUUAUUUGGUUCUUAUAAACAAGAUGCAUUAAUAUAUUCAUUUACUGAUCAAUGUCCAAAACUUAAAUUACAUUGUUUAUAUUGUGUAAUAGAAUUUUUAACAACUUAUCUUCUUGGUGAUGAUUUAGUUCCUGAAAAGGUUUCUUACACUUGUCUUGUUUGUGAAAAUGGUUAUUAUGCUUCAAAAAAUACUGGUAAUUGCUAAUUAUGUCCAUCAGAAUUACAUUGUCUUAGUUGCUAUUAGUAGAAUAAAUAUACUAAAGAUAAUUGGAAAAUUGAGAUUCGUGCCUUUUAUAGAGCUUCUAUUGAUUUAUAAUAUGCUAAUCAUAAAUUUACUGACUAUGGGUUAAGUUAAAAUGAUUCAGAUUAUGAGAUACUUUGCAAUAUAUGUGAAGAAGGGUAUGAAUUUUAUGGAGAUAUAUGUAUUUAAAUGUGUCCUGAAUCCUGCUUAGAAUGUGUUAUAAUGAAUAAUAAAAAUAUCUGUGUUAAAUGUCCAUUGGGUAUAAAUGGUAGAAGUCGUAGUUUAAUUGAUAAUAAAUGUGUAAGUUGUCCAUCAAAUUGUGAAUUAUGUAAUGAAAGAGAUCAAAAACAAGUACUUUCAAUUAAUCCACUAUUUAAGAGUUAAUAAUAUUCUUAUUUUUCUUAUUAUUGUAUUUCUGGAUUUACUGGAAUAUUAGAUUAAGAAUUAGGAAUUUUUAUAGAUUGUUAAGAUGGUCCAUGUUUAAAAUAAAUUGUUAUUAAUCUAAAUUUAUUUUGUGAUUAAGUUGAAUAUGAAAAAUAAAUAGAUGAUUUAUAUAGUGAUGAAGAAAAAUUAAAAUUUAGACAAGAGAAUAUUUUAAGUGAUGAUUUAUUCUCUAAUUCAAGUUUUAAAUAUGUAAAAUUUAUAUAAACUAAUUUAGUUUGAAACAUAAGAAUUUUAUUAAAUGGCUAAUGAAAAAUCAAUCAAAUCAAUAUUCAUUAAAAUAUUUAGUUAAUAAUAAUAAAGUUGUAUAGUAACUGAUUAAUUAUAAAUCUCGUAAAAUUUUAGCUCAAAUAUUUUUUCAGCAAUGUAAUUAAUUAAUUAUUAAUAUAUUAUAGAGAUGUAGAACUCGAAAUUUAUGGCAAUGGAUUUACAACAUUUAAAUUUCAAAAAUAACUAUUAUUUGUAAAUUUAAAAAAAGUGCAUAUUGAAGGAGUAAUAAUUGAAACAGAAUAUUUCAUUUUUGGGCCAAAUUUACUACAAUUUACAAGUCUAUUUAAAUAAACUAUUGAAUUAAUUAAUAUUAUCUUUUAACAAGACUCUAGCUUUACAACUCUUUAUAUAAUUUUAACAAAUGCUAAUAAUGUGUUAAUUUAAGAUAUUUUAGUGAAAGAUUGCACAAGAAAGUUUCUUAUUGAAGCAUUUAUCAAGAUUGAAUAAAUAGAAUCCUUUUAGACAAUCAAAAUAAUAAAUUUUAGUAUUAUAAAUAGUUCAUUUGAUAAUUUACAUUUAUUCUUGCUUGAACUUAAAGAAGAUGAUAAGGUUGAAAUAACAAAUGUAAAUAUUGAAACUACACUUUUUGAUUAAGCAUUUAUAUAUUAAACAAAGGGGGAAUUAUCAAUGAAUUAAAUACGAUUAUAUUCCUGUCAAAUAUCCUCUUAAAAUGGUUUAUUUUAGAUUAAUAGUUUAAAACAUUUUGAAUUAAUUUAUUUAGAUUUUAUAUCAAAUGAAAUUAAUUCUGGUAAAAUAAUAAAUCUUAAUCAAAAUGUAAAUUUGAUGAAUCUAAAUUUCAUUGAAAAUCAACUCUUUGGCAAUUCAUUACUUAUUUAUAAUGACAAAGUUAAUAUUGAAUAUAUUUUUAUUGAGAAUGUUCAAUUUUAAUUAAAUAAACAUAGUGAAAAUACCAAAUUUAUUAAAUUCAUCUUAAUUAUAAUACCUAAUAAGGAAAUAAUCAUUAAUUAAAUAUAGAUGGUUGAAAAUUAACUUUUAGAAAAUGCACAUUAAACUGCUUACAAUAUAUUGGAUAUCACUUUAAUCUAUUUGCAAGCAUAAUUAAUAAGAAUUGACUAAUUAAUAAUUGAAAAAGUAUAUGGAAUACCUGAUUUAGUAAUAGUAAAUACUAAUGAAUUAUAUUUAAAUGAAAUAUAAAUGAAACAACAUGAUAAUUAUAAAUUUAAAGGACUUUAUUAACAUUUUGGUUGUUUUUAAUCAUCUAUUUAAAAUAAAUUUAAUUAUGCUUGGAUUAAAAUUUAAGAUGUGCCAAUAAUUGAUAUUAAAUAUUUAAAGAUACAAUAAGCUUAAUCAAUUAAUUACCCUAUUAUUGACAUUAAAACAUCUAUCUUUACAUUUUAAACCUUAAAGCAUAUUAGAUUAUCAGAAAUGCAUUUUAUUCAUAAUCUUCUAUUAAUAACUAAUAAGAUUAACAUUGCUUCAAUAAUGAAAAUAUCAUCUGAAGAAGAUUAUCUAAUAGAAUUGGAAUAAUCAAAAUUUGAAAGAAAUUUAAUGCAUUAAUAUAAUUACAUAGAUUAAAUCAAUUCAGGUUUGAUUUUCUUUGUUGAUUGUAAGUCUUGUACAUUCUUUAUUAAUAAUCUAUUAUUUCAAAAAAAUAUUGUUACAAACUCUUCUAAUACUAUUAUUUACAUUUAGAGUAAAAGUAUAUAAAUAAAUAAUUGCAGUUUUAUAGAAAAUAGCUUCUAUGAUUAUUCAAUUUUACAACCUUAUUUAUAUUGGGGUUUUAAUGAAGAUCAAACAAUAUUUAUAGAAGUAAUAAAAGAGAUUUUUCCUAUUAAAGUUAAAACAGGAAAUGCCAAAAUUAUAUGUCAAUAAAUAAAGAUAAAGAAUAUCACAAUUUCUAAUUCUACUGGUUCAGGACUUUAUUUGUAAUUAGAAAAAGAAUCUUCUGUAUAAAUUUAGGAUGCAAUUAUUAGUUUUAUUUCACCUACAUAUUAUAAUAAGGAUGAAAAUGGUGGUGCCUUUUAAAUUGAUACUUCAUUUUCUGUUUCUUCAGUGAUAUAAUUAAUAAAUAUAUUUGCAACUAAUAUUUAUUGUAGAAACAAAGGUGGCUUACUUUAUGUUUAAAAUGUUUUAGAUAGUACUACUAUCUCAUUUUCAAACAUUGUUAUUAAUGAUGUUUAUUCUUUAAAGGGAUCAAUCUUAUAUGUAGAUUUUUCUUUAUUUACCCAAUUGAAAUAGUAAUUUAUUCUUGACAAUUUUAAACUACAAAAUUCAAAAUUAUAAUUUUUACAAUUUAUAAGUACUUUUAACGAGGCAAAUCGCCAAUAAUUAUCAGAAUUAACAUUUGGUAGAAGUUUGUUUGAAAUUAAUAAUGCAAAUUUUGUAAGUUUAAAUAAUAUUAAUAUCAUCUCAUUAUUUCAUGAGUCUUUUGCUAUUCUGUCUUAGACAUAAAUAAUAGAAUUAUAAAACCUCCGUAUUUCAAACUCAAUAAUAUAAAAUUCAUUAGUGAGUUUAAAUUAGAUGCAAAGUAAUUCUUCAAUCAGAAUUGUAGAGUUAUACGUUAAUAAUCUAUAAAUCUUGAAUCAAAUACCUAUAAAAGAAAAAUGUACUCUGUUAUCAUAAAAGGUUGAAAUUCUUCAAUAAAUGUGUUCUAAGGAUACAGCCCUUUAAGAGUCUCCUAUUUUGUUGCUGCAAUAAUCAAUACAAGAUAAUCUAUAAAAUAGUUAUUGUAUAAUUGAUUAUAUGAAUUUUUAAUAAUUAACAAUACCAAGCCUUAUAGAUAUUGAUACAUAAACAACAUUAAUAGAGAUCUCAAUAAUUCAUUUAUUAAGCAUUAAAUGUGAAAUUUGUAAAAAAGGAUUACUAAAUAUUAAUAUUUAGGAUAAUUAGAGCAAAAUAAUUAUGAAUUCAAUUAUUUUUAAUGAUAAUUAAUGUGGGGAAUAGAGUUGCUUGAAUGUAAUCAAAUCUAUACAAAAAUUAAGAAUUUUAUAAUCAUUAAUCUAGAAUAUUAAUGAAAAACAAUAUGAUUUAAGAUUACAAAAUUAUAAAUGUAUUCAAAACUUUGCUUAUAAAGGUACUUGUCUUUCAAUUUAGGAUAUAAAAACAUUAAUUAAAGAUUCUAUUUUUUAAAAAAAUACAGCUAAAUCAUAAGGUGGGUCAAUAUAUGUUAUUGGGCAUGAGAGUUUUUUUGUAUUGAACUCUGUGAUUUAAUUUAAUAAAGCUUAAUUUGGUGGGGGAUUAUUCCUAAAGGAUUAAAUAGUUUAAAAUUUAAUUAAAUAAGGAACUAUAAUUAAUGGUAAUACAGGAUAAUAAUUUGGGAAUGAUUUUGCUUAACUUCCUUCUUAAUUAUCAGUCUCUAUUGAUUUAGAUAAUGUCUUACCUAAAGUAAAAGUUUUACAGAAAGAUAAUAUUCUAAUUGAAGAAAUUAAGAUUGGAAAUUAUAAAUUAUUUCAAAAAUAUUAUUCUGAAUACUUAUAUGUUCCAAAUGGUUAAGAAAUGUCUAAAUACUAAUUAUUUGAUUGGAAAAAAUAAGAAUAUAUGUCAUAUAAUUUACAUUUGAGAUUAAUUCCAUUGGAUUUAUUUAAUAAUGUUUAAGAAAAUUUAAUUAAUACUGAAUGUGAAAUAAGUGGUAGGAUACUUAAUGAGAAUGAAGACUCAAAUUUUACAAAAGAAUUUACAAAUUUUAUUUAUGUAACAUUCAAUUAAUCAGAUUAUAAUUUUGAUAAUAUUAUAUUUUACUUAGAUGAUUAAUUGAAACUUACUUUAUAAUUAUAAUUUCAUUGUAAUUCCAUAUUCAUUCCGAUUUAUGGAAAAAAUUCAGAAAUUAUUGGAUAUCAUAAUAAUUAUUUUUUAAGAAUGAAUAUCAAAACAUUACCUUGUUAAUUAGGUGAAAUUAAAAGCAUUUUUGAUGGUACUUGUAUACCUUGUAAUGCAACAUAAGGUUUAUAUUCAUUAGUGUUAAAUUCUAAUAAUUGUUCUUAGAAAGAUGAUGUUUCAACUAGUGAAAUUAAAUCAGCAUAAUUAAAAUUAAAGCAAGGAUUUUGGAGACCAUAUUUUGAUACUGAUUAUAUUAGUCAAUGUAUCAAUUUACUUGAUAAUUGUAAUGGUGGAUGGAUAGAAGGAGAUAUAUCUUGUUAUGAAGGUCAUGUAGGAGCAUUAUGUGAAGAAUGUGAUAUAUAUAACAUAAGAGGAUUUGGAUAUUAUUCAACAAGUACAAAAUAUUCUUGUGGUUCUUGUGUUGAGAAUAAUUAAAAUAUUGCUGUAAUUACUGCAAUAAGUUUAUGGUAUAUUUUUAUAAUUAUAUAUUAAGGACUUUAAUCUCAAUAUUAAUUUCAGUUAGGAGUAAUAUAUCCAUGAAUGAAUAAAUGAUACUUAAAAAGAUAAUUGCAAGAUUACUGAGAUCUAAUAUGUAAAAUCGCUCUAAUUUUGGUAUCUUAAUUAAAAUGACUACUAAUCAUUUGUAAAUAGUUUCUGUCAUAUUUACAUUUAAAUUUCAAACAUUAAUAGAUGUAGGCAAUAUUGUAACUGCUAUUAGUAAUCCAAUUCAAUCAAUGACUCAUUCACUUGAUUGUUUAUUAAAAGAUAUGUUUGAUGUUUAAAUUCAUUAUUCAAGAAUAAUAUGGUAAAUAAUUAUGCCAUUUAUUUACAUUUUUUUAUUUUUACUAUUAUAUUGGAUUGCUUUGAAAAUAAAUAAACUAAAAUACAGUUUAAAUGUAAUAACUACAACAUUAAUAUAUAUGUACAUUUAUCUUUAACCAUUUUUGGUGGGUAGAUUAAUAUCAUUGAUAUCGUUUAGAUAAAUAUCUGGUUUUUAAUGGAUUUAGGCUAAUGUUGCUUAUAGAUAUGAUACAUAACUUCAUUAUUCAUGGUUAUUCAGAUUUUGCUUACCAAUAUUAAUUUUAAUUUCUAUUAUAAUACCAUUAUUUUUUUUAAUUGCUUUGUAUUCAAAUAAAUCAUCAUUAAAUGAAAAAAAAACAAGGUAGAAAUGGGGUUAUUUAUACAAUGAAUAUAAAUUAUAAGCAUAUUAUUGGGAAAUAAUUAAAAUUAUUGUGAAAUAAUUUCUAAUUAUAUUUCUAUCUUAUUAUGAUGAAAAUAUUGUUAAAAAAGGUAUUUUGCUAUUGUCAUUAGUAUAUUUAUAUUGGCAACUAAGUUAAAAAUAUCAACCUUAUUCAUUAUUCAUUCUAAAUAAAUUGGAUGCUUAUUCAGCAAAUGUUUGUGGAAUAUCUAUUGCAGUUGGAAUAGGAAUUUAUAUUGAUCAAUAGAUUAAAUCAUAUGAAAUUUAGAUACCAUAUUUAAUUAUUCUUUUUACUCUUAAUUUACAAUAUUUAGUAAAAAUUCUCAAAGAAAUAAUAUUGACUUUUGUAGAAGAGAAUUCCGUUUUGUUCGAUAAAAUUAAGGAAAUAAUCAUUAUUAACUUACCAUGUAUUACAAAAUAUACAGUAUUUCAAAAAUUGCUAUCAAAUAGAAUUGUCUAAAAAUAAAGAAUAGCUCAAAGGUAUUUUAAAUUAAAAAAAUACCUAAUGAAUUAAGCUUAAUAAAAUUUAGCUUCAAAGAAUAACUAUGGUGUUAAAAUUAUAUCAAAUUCAAUCCAAUAGUAUUCUUCUAUUUGA